CGGCCGUCUUAGGAAGCUGGAAGCUCCACGUAGGACGCUGGUCGCCGCAGUAUCAGCAGCAGCAGCAGCAGCGCGUCGGGGAGAAAGAUGGCGGCGGUCGAGCGUCCGCCUGCGAAGGAGGCGGUGCGGAUCGCGCUGCUGUGUGCCUGCUGGUACACGGUCAGCUCAGGCGGCAACGUCGUUAACAAAAUCAUCCUGAACGGAUUCCCGUAUCCGGUCACCGUCUCGCUUUUCCACAUCCUCUCCAUCGUGCUGUUUCUGCCGCCGCUGCUGCGUGCCUGGGGCGUCCCGAAGUCUGAAGUACCGGCCAGUUAUUACCGCUGGUACAUUCUUCCCCUGGCGUUUGGGAAAUAUUUCGCCUCGGUGUCGGCUCACUUCAGUAUAUGGAAGGUUCCAGUCUCCUACGCGCACACGGUAAAAGCAACCAUGCCCAUCUGGGUCGUGCUCUUAUCACGGAUAAUUAUGAAAGAGAAGCAAACGACGAAGGUCUACGUCUCUCUCAUACCCAUCAUAGGCGGCGUUCUGUUGGCUACGGUCACCGAGCUCUCGUUUGAUCUGUCGGGAUUAAUCAGUGCACUGGCCGCUACGCUUUGCUUCUCUUUACAAAACAUAUUCUCUAAAAAGGUUCUGCGUGACACGAGGGUACACCACCUCUAUCUCCUCAACACUCUUGGCUUCAAUGCAGUUUUGUUCAUGCUGCCUACGUGGGUUUUGGUUGACCUGUCUUCGUUUCUGGUUGAUGGAGACUUUACAGAGAUUUCCAACUGGAGUGGAACGUUGGUGCUGCUCAUCAUCAGUGGCUUCUGCAACUUUGCACAGAACAUGAUUGCCUUCAGUGUGUUGAAUCUAGUCAGUCCCCUCAGCUACGCGGUUGCUAAUGCUACAAAAAGGAUCAUGGUCAUCACGAUAUCAUUACUGAUGCUGAGAAACCCUGUUAACCUGUCCAACAUCAUGGGGAUGUUGACUGCAAUCCUGGGUGUCUUUCUUUACAACAAGGCAAAAUAUGAUGCAAACCAAGAAGCAAAGAAGAAAUUGCUUCCAGUCUCUUCAGAAGACAUGAUCUCAUUCGCCAAUCCCCAGUCUAAUGGCUCUGUGUCUGUGAAACAAGGCUCAGAAUUCCAGUACGGCCGGACCAACAUACUCAGCGACCACUUUCAGUACAGCAGGCAGGCCUACACAAUGAACCACGCCUCCAACCAAUAUGUCGUCUAAGUGAAGUAACUGACAAACAAACCUGUUUAACUGUAAAAGGACACUGUAUUUAGCGUGCAUUUUCUGUGCCAGAUCCUCUUAUUUAUUUCACUCCUUUUUCUUCUUUUUUUUUUUUUCAGUAGUUUACAAAACCGCUCACUAAUUGAGGGCGCAAAUCAGUCUGUUAGCCUUGGUGAAAUGCAUCUAUGGGCUAAACUGUUACAAUGCUGUGUAAGAAUUAUGGCUGCUUUCAAAAUUCUUUGAAAACAGGGAAGGCCUGCGGCAUAGGAACAGCUACACACUGGGAUAACCUGAAUUAAUCAUUGUCAUUAAAGACAAUUUCCUAAAUUCCGUAAUUUGGAAUAUUGCUUCUAUUUGUAAAUAUUUUCAUGUAUUUAUUUUUGUAGAAGUUGUGAGCGAGGCAUAUCAUAAAGUUUAUGAAUGUGUAAUGCCUGUUAAAGGCAUGCUCUUGGUAGACUUGGUACUUUCUUGGUCAUCAGUGUUUGCGAGCCAGUUCUAAUCAUUAUACAGACCCAUAGUAAUUAGUUAUUUGUGUUUUUUUUUUUUUUCAUUUGGAUUUCAAUGGGUAAGGGUUUUUUGUUUUGUUUUUAAAUGGUGAGUCAAUCUUUUGUAAGUAGGCUGAUUGAAGUCAAGAUGAAUGGUUGCAUUUCUUAAAGAGAGCUGCAAAGCAAUUUUACAAUCUUUACGGUGUAAUAUCAAUCUUCAGUACUUUUGGGAAGGACAGUUUUUUUUCAUCAGUGUGUAAUACAUGAGUAUUAAGCUCAUUUCUUUUUCCUUUUUUUUUGCACGUUUAGUAAAAAAGAUAAGGAAUAUUAUGAAAUUUGUGUAAAAUUUCCUGUUUUGGUAACAUGACGAUCAGAAGCCAUUAUUAAAAUUGAAUGUGUAGUUGAAUGUUUUAAGUAAAGAACAUUUACCUUCUAAGUGGAUUAAGUUUAAAUCCAUUUUAAGUAGCAUAUAGUACACAUAUUGGGUAAUAGAAAUAGUGUAAGUAUAUAGAUUUUUUUUUAUUAUUGUUCUCCCAAAAACUGAACUGAUGGCAAGGUCUACUGUUUUUGUUUAUUGCUUGUGUCAGUCUGUCAUGGCUUUGUAAUGAAAGAUGUGAUGCAUAUAGUCUAUUAGCUUACUGUUUUUGUUCUUUUUUUUCCCAUAGAAUGUUAAUUUACAGAUAUAAUUUUGUUGAUUUUUGCACAAAUAUUCAGUGUUUGUUUGUACUGACUGUCCUCCAUAAAGCUUUCAAAAUACGUUUGAUCAACUUUCUUUCUUUUUUGUUUUAUAGUUUUUUGGUAGGUGAUUUUAUUAUUAUUUUUUUAUCUUCAUGGGGGGAAAGGCUCUGUAAAAAUGAGUGUCUGACUGCGGGAAAGUUAGACAACUUUAAUAAAGAGCAUGAGAGUUCUUGAUCAACAGGUCAGUGUGUUUUAUUUUGGGGGGGUUGGAGUUUAUAGAGGUUUUUGUAAUUAUUUUUUAAAGCAGUCCAAACUAAAUAAGAAACUUGGUAAGAGUUCAGAUUUGUGAAACUAAUGACUGAAUGCUUCAUAAAACCUUGUUUGAUGGUGGGGUUUAUUUAUUUUUCGAAACUGCUUACUCCGUGUGAAUGGAUGAAUUAAAGGCUGUGGGAUUACCCAACAUGAUCAA